CCGCUUAGGGCUUUCCUCGCUCCAAAAACCAUCGUCCGCUCAGCGCAUACAGUGAACUUCCGAGAAAAAUUGCAGAGAGGGAGAAGAUAUAUAUAUAUAUAUAUAGAGAGAGAGAGAGAGAGAGAGCGCGAGAGAGAUAUGGCGAGUGACUCAGACAUGGGUAACUGGACCGAUCUCCUCCAUUCGUCUUCGAAGCUUCUCGAACAAGCCGCUCCUUCUGCUCAGUUCCCUCCUCUUCAGAGAAAUUUGGAUCAAUUGGAAGCGUUGUCGAAGAAGCUCAAGUCUAAAACACUAAGGACCGAAGCUCCUUCUCAAUCCCUUGCUGCCACUAGGCUGCUAGCCCGUGAAGGAAUAAAUGCGGAGCAGCUUGCUCGGGAUCUUAAAUCUUUUGAAUUAAAGACGACGUUCGAGGAUGUCUUCCCAGCCGAGGCAGCAAGCGUUGAAGAAUAUCUGCAGCAGGUCCAUGAGAUGGCAAUGGUCUCAGCUGUCCAGGAAGCUCAGAAGGAUAACCUUAGAAGUUUUAAUGAUUAUAUGAUGAAGGUUUUGGAGGAGGAUUGGCAAAAGCAAAAACGGGGCUUCCUUCAGAACCUGAGCCGAAUUUCAACAUUACCGCGGACUAACAUGGGUCUUUCAAGCACCGAGGGUACUCACCUCGGUCAAAUAGCGUCUGUGACUUCUAGUCCUCAGGUUUCAUCUAGUCCAACUGGCAUGGAACAUACUCCACUGGCUCAUAAGCCCGUCCUUGAGAAAAAAGCUGCAGCUUAUGCUGAAGUUGUGAAAAAUCUCAACAAUGCAAGAGAACGUGGCUUACCAUUUAAACCUGCUACAGCCUUCAAGGGUGCUUAUGAAAGUUUGGGUGUUGAUGCAACUGGUGGAAAAUCAGUUAGUAUGCAGAAGAUUUGGCACCUAAUGCAGACAUUGAUGGGUGAGGAUACAAAUGUUCAACGGAAUGUUUCGAGAAAAAUGUCUUUAGUUGUUGGGGCAAGGCGCCAUCUCGAAUGGGGACAUGAGAAAUAUAUUAUAGAAACAAUACAAAGUCAUCCAGCACAGGCGGCUCUUGGUGGGGCAGUUGGAAAUUUGCAAAGAAUUCGCGCCUUCCUUCGGAUACGUUUAAGGGAUUAUGGGGUUCUAGAUUUUGAUGCAGGAGAUGCUCGUAGGCAGCCACCUGUGGAUACCACUUGGCAGCAGAUUUAUUUUUGCCUGAGAACUGGUUAUUAUGAUGAAGCGAGAAAUGUUGCCUUGUCAUCUCGUGUUUCACACCAAUUUGCUCCUCAGCUUACAGAGUGGAUCACUACUGGAGGUAUGGUAUCUGCAGAGACUGCAGCUGCUGCUUCGGAAGAAUGUGAAAAAAUGUUAAGGACGGGUGAUAGAGUGGGUCGAGCUGGAUAUGACAAGAAAAAAUUACUACUAUAUGCUAUCAUAUCUGGUUCUCGCAGGCAGAUUGACCGUCUGCUUAGAGAAUUGCCUUCAAUUUUUAAUACGAUAGAGGAUUUCUUGUGGUUCAAAUUGUCUGCUGUACGAGACUGUCCUGCCAGUUCCUAUUCUGUUGUCCUGAAUGAGGGACUGUUACCCUACAGUUUGGAUGAUUUGCAGGUAUACCUAAAUAAAUUUGAGCCAUCAUAUUAUACAAAGAAUGGAAAGGACCCUCUGGUAUACCCAUAUGUUUUGCUUUUAAGCAUCCAGUUGGUACCAGCAGUCCUGUAUUUGUCCAAGGACGUGGGAGAUGAAGGAUAUAACAUAGAUGCUGCCCAUAUAUCAAUUGUGCUGGCGGACUAUGGGGUCCUUUCUGAAGGUGCUGGGGCAGGGCAGAAACUGGGGUUGAUGGAUUCUUUUGCAGAAGCAUCUAACAUAAUCAGGCAGUAUGGGUCAGUGUAUUUACGUCAUGGUAAUCUUUCAAUAGCAUUGGAAUAUUAUGCACAAGCUGCUGCUGCAGUGGGUGGUGGACAGUUGUCAUGGAGUGGGAGAGGUAAUGUAGAUCAGCAAAGGCAGAGAAGCUUGAUGUUGAAGCAACUCCUUAUGGAGGUCUUAUUAUGGGAUAGAGGUAUUUAUCUUUUGCUUGGUCCAAGAGGUGCUGGAGAAGAAGGUGAGGUGGGGAGGUUUUUGACCACUGUACAAACAAGACAACAGUUUCUUCUUGAAGCUGCUCACAAGUGUCAGGAAGCUGGGCUUUAUGACAAAUCUAUAGAAAUUCAUAAGAGAGUUGGGGCAUUUUCAAUGGCGUUGGACACAGUAAAUAAAUGCCUCUCAGAAGCAAUCUGUGCCCUUUCACGCGGUAGAUUGGAUGGUGAUAGCCGGACUGCCGGUCUUAUUCUUUCUGGAAAUGAGAUCCUGGAUGCAUAUAAAUAUACUUCUGAAGCUGAAAUGAGUUCUCAAGAGAGAGAACAUGUUUUAGGGCAACAAACUGUGUUGAGACAGCUUGAAGCAAUAUUGUCUAUCCAUAAGUUGGCAAGAGUGGGCCAUCAUGUAGAUGCUCUAAGGGAGGUUGCCAAUCUUCCAUUUCUUCCGUUAGAUCCACGACCACGAGCACCAGAUAUUGCAACUGAUGUGUUCCAGAAUUUAUCUCCACAUGUCCAAGCUUGUGUGCCGGACCUUUUGAAGGUUGCUCUUCAUUGUUUGGACAAUGUCUCUGAUUCAGACGGAUCUCUUCGUGCCCUGAGGACCAAGAUUGCGAAUUUUCUUGCCAACAAUUUGAAUAGGAACUUCCCUCGAGAUUUGUAUGAAAAGGUUGCUCGAAGCUUGUGAAGCAAAUCUGUGUAGUGUGUCCAGGACGGCUUGUUAAGGAGAUUCAUGGUGAAUGUAUCAUUUUUGUAUAGAACUGAAAAUUGUUUUAAGUGUUUCUAUGAUGCCAUUUUUGUUGGUGAAUUUAACUGGGGAAGAAAGUUAUGCUACUACUUGCGGGAACUUGUACUUCA